AAAUUUGUAAAGGUUACCGGAUGAACCGGUAACUCCAUCAAGUUAACUUCAAUCUCGGUCGUACACACUUCUUUCUCUCUGUAGCUUGAUUCUUCUUUUUGUUCUGCUCUGUUUCUCACUGAGCGAUCACCGAUCGUUCUCUUCCAUUUAGGUGGUUAAUAUGAAGGUUUCCAAGGGCAAGGGAACAUUAGUGAAGAAGGAUACGAAAGAAGCAUUGAAGCCUGCCGAGGACAGAAGGAUUGGUAAGCGAAAGGCUGCCAUUAAGGCAGAUAAAAGUAGCAAACAAAAGGCUAAGAAGGGAAAAUUGGUGAAAGACCCCAACAAACCUAAGAGGCCUCCCAGUGCCUUCUUUGUAUUCCUUGAGGAAUUUAGAAAGACCUUCAAGAAAGAAAAUCCAACUGUGAAGGCUGUCUCAGCUGUUGGAAAAGCUGGUGGAGAGAAGUGGAAAUCCUUGUCUGAAGCUGAAAAAGCUCCAUAUGAGGCCAAAGCAGCAAAAAGGAAGUCCGAGUAUGAAAAAGUUAUGAAUGCCUACAACAAGAAGCAGGAAAGCAUGGCUGAUGAUGCCGAUGAGGAAUCUGACAGGUCGAAAUCUGAAAUUAAUGAUGAAGAUGAUGAAAGUGUGCAGGAUGAAGAGGAAGAUGAAGAGGAUGAAGAUGAUGAUUGAAAAUGGCUGCUUUCUGACUUGGGCAAUUUGGCUGAUCCAGGGCAAAUGUUAUGGAUAAUGUAUGUUCGUACUCUUAGGUUGCAUGUUGUACCUUCUUAAACGGGUGACGGUGAAGAUGUGCCUUGAGCCAUUGCUGUAUAACCUCUUAGAUUACUUGCAUGUUAAGCAUAAGCCUGUUUCCAUAAUUAAAUAUUGUAUUCAAGUUCUCAUAGUCCACACCUUAUCGUUGGGAUGAUAUUUCUAUGAAUCAUCACUCUGACGUCAUUUUCUCUA